CUGAAAGAAACCGUUUUUGUUCAGGGAGUUCCUGUCACGGCAAAUGAGACAUAUAUAGCAGAUGUUUUCAACACUGUUGGAGACAUUGCAAAGAACGACAGAACAGGAGCUCCGAGAAUAAAGAUCUAUACCGAUAGAGCAACUGGGGAACCGAAAGGGGAGUGCAUGAUCACUUUUAUUAGCGCUGAGGUUGCUCAGCGCUGUAUCGAAAUGUACAAUGGUCAACCAUUUCCUGGUGGUGAUCGUCCUAUGACAAUUUCUAUAGCCAAGUUCAAACCCAUGGACGCUUCAGCACGUGGUGGUGGAGGUGUUGGCUUCCGUGGUGGAAGAGGAGGCCGCGAUGGUGGAUUCGGUGGACGUGGAGGAGGUGGUUUCCGUGGCGAUUUUGGUGGGCGUGGUCGAGGUGGAUUUGGUCGUGGCGGAGGAAAUCCGAACAUGGAACAACGAAGUAAUGAUUGGCCAUGCGAUUCGUGUGGAAAUAACAACUUUGCAUUUCGACAGGCAUGCAACCAGUGUGGUGCUCCAAGAGGAGGCGGCGCUGGUGGUGGAGGAGCAAUGCGUGGUGGACGUGGUGGAUUCAGUGGUGAUAGGCAUAAACCAUACUGA